ACUAUCCAUAAAACCUAGAUCCAUUCCACAGCUUUCUAUUUCCCCAAUUCUUCAAAUCCAGCCCUCCCUCCCUCUCUGUCUCUACUCUCAUGGACACUAUACAAUCGAACUACAUGGAUUCUCCAUCUGAACCUCCCUCCGAGUCACAACAAUAUUCAAAUAUUCAGAAUUAUUCAUACUCUUAUCCUGAAAACCCAUCGGACCCAUCGGAUUCAUAUACCGAAACUCCAUUGGAAAAAACCCUAGAUUCAUCACAUAAUCCGAAUACUGAAGAUGGAGCUACGAAUGGAAGUGCGCCAAAACCCGAGAUGCCGAAGAUUUUGGUUUCGGAAAAUGGGUUGACCAAUAGCACCGACAGGGAUUUUUCCGGAGGCGAAGAGGAGACGACCAGCAGGAAGCGACGGAGGUCCCGGUGGGAUCCUCCACCGAGCGAAUCGAGCAACGAUGGGGCUGGACCUGGAGGAUUUGAUAAUAAUAGUGGAACUGGUGGGAGGAAGCGAAAGUCCAGGUGGGCCGAUGACGAGCCGAAGCCCGUGAUUCAGUUGCCUGAUUUCAUGAAGGAUUUUACUGGAGGUAUUGAAUUUGAUCCCGAGAUUCAAGCUCUGAAUAGUAGGUUACUUGAAAUUAGUAGGAAAUUGCAAUCUGGGUUGCCUUUGGAUGACCGUCCAGAGGGUGCUAGGUCGCCUUCUCCUGAACCUAUUUAUGAUAACAUGGGAAUCAGGAUUAAUACUAGGGAGUAUCGUGCUCGUGAAAAAUUGAAUAGGGAGAGGCAAGAGAUUAUAUCUCAGAUAAUUAAGAAAAAUCCAGCAUUUAAGCCACCUGCAGAUUACAGGCCGCCUAAGCUUCAUAAGAAGCUUUACAUUCCGAUGAAAGAGUAUCCAGGUUAUAAUUUUAUUGGACUGAUUAUUGGACCAAGAGGGAACACUCAGAAGAGGAUGGAAAGAGAGACGGGGGCAAAGAUUGUGAUUCGGGGUAAAGGUUCGAUGAAAGAAGGUAGGCUGCAGCAGAAUAGGAAUUUGAAGCCUGAUCCUUCAGAAAAUGAGGAUUUGCAUGUUUUGGUGGAGGCUGAUACUCAGGAGGCUCUUGAUGCUGCUGCAGGUAUGGUUGAGAAGCUCUUGCAGCCGGUUGAUGAGGUUCUUAAUGAACAUAAAAGACAACAGCUUAAGGAGCUUGCGGCAUUGAAUGGAACUAUUAGGGAUGAGGAGUAUUGUAGGUUGUGUGGUGAGCCGGGGCAUCGGCAGUAUGCAUGUCCUUCUCGAACUUCAACAUUUAAGAGUGAUGUUUUAUGUAAGAUAUGUGGUGACGGUGGGCAUCCUACAAUUGACUGCCCAGUGAAGAAUACUACGGGCAAGAAAAUGGAUGAUGAGUAUCAGAGUUUCUUGGCAGAAUUGGGAGGCACUGUUCCUGAGUCUGCAACCAAGCAAAAUUCUGCAACACUUGCCCUUGGCCCUGGUAGUUCAGGAACCAAUCCUCCUUGGGCGAGUAGUAGUAACAAUACACAAGCUGGUUUGGGGUCUAGCAUAAUCAAGCCAAAGGAAUAUGAUGAGACAAAUUUGUAUAUUGGGUAUCUGCCACCUACCAUGGAUGAUGAUGGUUUGAUCAGCUUGUUCUCUCCAUUUGGUGAAAUUGUGAUGGCUAAGGUUAUAAAGGACCGGCUAUCUGGUCUGAGUAAAGGAUAUGGAUUUGUUAAAUAUGCUGAUGUCCAACAGGCUAAUAAUGCCACUGCGAGUAUGAAUGGCCACAAACUAGAUGGAAGAACUAUUGCAGUGAGAGUUGCCGGUAAACCUCCUCAGCCUACUGUGCCACCGGGCCCUCCUGGUCCAGUAAUGCCGACUUAUCCUUCUCCGAAUCAGCCUGCUGGAGCCUACCCAUCUCAACAGUAUAAUGUAGGUGGUCCAAUUGGCAGUGCGCCAAUGGGGAGCUAUGGCGGGGCUCCAGUUCCAUGGGGACCACCUCCACCUCCUCCUUAUGCAUCUUAUCCUCCACCUCCUCCGGGUUCAACCCUGUAUCCUCCACCUCCUCCUUAUGGAGUGCAAUAUCCUCCACCUAUGCCACAAGCAUCUUCUGGUACCCCAUCACAGACUGUUUCUUCUAUUGAUGCGCAACAAAAUUAUACAUCUUCUGGGGAGUCACAGCAAAAUUAUCCACCUGGAGUGCAAUCUCAGAGUAGUGCACCUGCUCAAUCUGCUCCAACUUAUGUCUAUGGAAAUUCUGUGACAUCCAUGCCGCCGAAUGCCCAAGCUAUGUAUCCAAUGCCUUCAUACAGUUACCCAUCUUAUUAUAGUUCAGUUCCUCCUCACCCUCCUCCUGCUGUGCCUCAGCCACCUGUUGACUCUUCCCAAAGUUUGAAUAAUGUUCCUUGGGCCUCAAAUCCACCUGUACCUCCACCUUCAUCAUCUGCGGAGAAGAGCAGCUAUAGCACAGAUGCAGAAUAUGAGAAGUUCAUGGCGGAAAUGAAAUGAUGAUACAAUCUUCUAGGAUGGCCAUUUAGGAUGAAGGGCUGUUUGUUGGAGCACUUGUCAUCCUGAUUUGUUAUCUCUUGCCCUGACUUACUUGUUGGAAGUUUGGGACUCACAUCUUUAACCUUGCUGUACUGUUAUGACCUUUGCAGAGAGUUGCCACAAAGUUCAGUUCACCCAGCCUUGUGUUGCAGGACUCGUUCAGAGAUUUAUUGCUAUUGGUUAUUCCUUUUGUAGGACUACCUUCUGUCUUUUAUGAGUGUUAUUUUACUUUAGAGCAUCUGGACCUCUCAAAUUUGAUUUAUAUUUUAUGUUUGAAGUUCUUAAUAUUUGGUUUGUCAUUAUUUGCGGUCCUAUCUAACGAUUACUCAGGUGGUGCACUAUGUGCAUUGUUUUCUGCUUCUAAUUUGCUCCCACUUUUAGUUUAUUGAUCUAUUCCUUUUAAGUUUGACGAUUCCACAUUGUUGUAGUUCCUGUCUGUGAAAGCAGGUUAAUGCUUGCUUCUACAAAUCAUUGCCAGAAGGUGUGUGCAUCUUAAAUUGUGAGGUUACCUGGGGUAUGUUAAUAUUAUAAAUUAUUUUUUAUAUAUGUAUCCUGUUCUUUUUCCUAAUAUUUUCUCUCUGGUGUCUUUUUCUAGUGGCUGUAUGGCAGGUAAAGUGAUUGUGCCAGAUUUAAUGUUGUGUUCUCGAGUAUUUCUUUCUAUGUGAAUAGGUUGUGCUAUUCUUAGGGCUCUUAUUAAUUAAAGGAAUUCAGGAGUGAAAUCAUUUGGUUGUGGUGGUUGAUGGUUUUGAAUGAGUAAUUGCAGGAAGAAUAUGUGGUAUAAAUCAAGUGGUUAGUAGGAUUUGGUUGGAGUUUAAGAAGUCUGAGAGGAAUGAUGGUUUAAUCUGUAUAUGAAUGUAGUUAAAUUGGUAAAUUACUUUCGGUUACAUAACCAUGAAGUUCUAUUA